AUGAGGGCUGCGGUGCUGUUGGGCGUCCUUUCCCUCUGGCUGGGCGCCUGUCGCGUGCAGGCCGCCGCGGUCUUUGCGCACUUCAUGGUCACCAAUUCCGAGAACUUCACCACCUAUGAUUGGGAAAUCAACAUGAAGUUUGCGCAACAAGCGCAUAUCGAUGCCUUUGCUCUCAACAUGGCGUACGGUGACGCGACCAACGAGCCUUCCCUCGCCCUGGCUUUCGAGGCCGCCAACGUCAGGGGCUUCCAACUGUUCUUCUCGUUCGACUAUGCUGGCAAUGGUGCCUGGCCAAAGGCCACUGUCAUUGACUACAUCGAUCAAUAUGGCUCCAAUUCCGCUUAUUAUCACUACAAGGGAAAGCCCUUUGUGUCAACAUUCGAGGGUCCUUCAAGCGCCCCGGACUGGAUUGACAUCAAGAAGAAGACCGGCUGCUAUUUCGUCCCUGACUGGUCGUCCCUGGGAGCCAAGGCGGCUCUUGAGGCUUCCCCAGGCGUUCCUGACGGUCUUUUCUCCUGGGCAGCAUGGCCGUGGGGCCCCAAUGACAUGGACACCUACGUGGAUGCAUCUUAUAUGGAGUAUCUAGACGGAAGGCCAUACAUGAUGCCCGUGUCGCCUUGGUUCUAUACCAACCUACCCGGAUACAAGAAAAACUGGGUUUGGAACGGCGACCACCUCUGGCACGACCGCUGGAAGCAAGCGCUAUAUCUACAGCCUGAGUGGGUGGAAAUCAUCUCAUGGAAUGACUAUGGCGAGUCGCACUAG